AAGCUCGUCGCGGCGCUCCUGGCCGACCCACGCGUCGACAUCAACACGCAGGACUCGCGCGGCCGCACCCCGCUAUCCUACGCCGUAGGCCGGGCCAGGAGCAUAGACAUCGUAAGGUGCCUGCUCGCGGACCGGCGGACCGACGUCAACCGCGCCGACAUGCUCGGGCGCACACCGCUGGCGUACGCGGUUCUCGAG